UCACAAGCGCCAACCCGCUGCUCCUGCACCCGCUGCAGUGCCCGCGCCCCUGUCCCGUCUCACCGCGCCCUCAGCCUGCCUGGCGCUCCCUGUGACCUGGGCUCUGCCCCGGAUGCGGGGCAGAAUGGGCAUGGCUCGAAGGGGGGACGUCUCGCCCGCCCUGGCCCUGGCGCUCCUGGCCGUGUCCCUGGCUGGGGCCCGAGCCCAAGACGCUGCCCUCGAGGACCCCGACCAUUAUGUGCAAGAGGUCUGGAGCAGGGAGCCCUACGAGCGCACCGAGCCAGAGCUCCAGCCCUUCUCGCCACAGCUGCCCGAGGGGACUGAGGAGAAGGAGCCAGAGCCGCGCCCGCGGGACCCCGUGACGCCCAAGCGGGUGACUAAGCCCAAGAAAGUGCCCAAGAGGGAGAAGUCAGCCGCAGCGGCUCCUCCAUCAGGUUGUCCACCUCUUGGUCUGGAAACAUUAAAAAUCACAGACUUCCAGCUCCACGCCUCCACGACCAAGCGCUACGGCCUGGGAGCACACCGAGGGAGACUCAACAUCCAGGCAGGCAUUAAUGAGAAUGACUUCUACGAUGGGGCAUGGUGUGCAGGCAGGAAUGACCUCCACCAAUGGAUUGAGGUGGACGCCAGACGCCUGACUAGAUUCACAGGGGUCAUCACCCAAGGAAGGAACUCGCUCUGGCUGAGUGACUGGGUGACAUCCUAUAAGGUCAUGGUGAGCAACGACAGCCAUACAUGGGUCACUGUUAAGAAUGGAUCCGGAGACAUGAUAUUUGAAGGGAACACUGAAAAGGAGAUCCCUGUGCUCAACGAGCUGCCUGUCCCCAUGGUGGCCCGCUACAUUCGCAUAAACCCACAGUCCUGGUUUGAUAAUGGGAACAUCUGUAUGAGGCUGGAGAUCCUCGGCUGCCCACUGCCAGAUCCUAAUAACUAUUAUCACCGACGGAAUGAGAUGACCACCACGGAUGAUCUGGACUUUAAGCACCACAACUAUAAGGAAAUGCGCCAGCUGAUGAAGAUUGUGAAUGAAAUGUGCCCCAAUAUCACCAGGAUUUACAACAUUGGCAAAAGCCAUCAGGGCUUGAAGCUGUAUGCUGUGGAGAUUUCAGACAACCCUGGAGAGCAUGAAGUCGGGGAGCCUGAGUUUCACUACAUUGCUGGAGCUCAUGGCAACGAGGUACUUGGCCGUGAGCUGCUGCUGCUGCUGCUGCAGUUCCUAUGCCAGGAGUACUUGGCCCGGAACAUGCGCAUCGUCUGGCUGGUGGAGGAGACCCGGAUCCACAUCCUGCCCUCCCUGAACCCUGACGGAUAUGAGAAGGCCUAUGAGGGGGGCUCAGAGCUGGGAGGAUGGUCUCUAGGACGCUGGACCCACGAUGGAAUCGACAUCAACAACAACUUUCCUGACUUAAACACACUCCUCUGGGAGGCAGAGGAUCGGCAGAAUGUGCCCAGGAAGGUUCCCAAUCAUUACAUUGCCAUCCCGGAAUGGUUUCUGUCUGAAAAUGCCACGGUGGCCAUGGAGACCAGAGCUGUCAUAGCCUGGAUGGAGAAGAUCCCCUUUGUGCUGGGUGGCAACCUUCAAGGGGGCGAGCUGGUGGUGGCGUACCCCUAUGACAUGGUGCGCUCCCAGUGGAAGACCCAGGAGCACAGCCCCACGCCCGAUGACCAUGUGUUCCGCUGGCUGGCGUAUUCGUACGCCUCUACGCACCGCCUCAUGACAGAUGCCAGGCGGAGGGUGUGCCACACAGAGGACUUCCAGAAGGAGGAGGGCACUGUCAACGGGGCUUCCUGGCACACCGUUGCUGGAAGCCUCAAUGACUUCAGCUAUCUCCACACGAACUGCUUCGAGCUGUCCAUCUACGUCGGCUGUGAUAAAUACCCUCAUGAGAGCCAGCUGCCCGAGGAGUGGGAGAACAACCGGGAGUCUCUGAUUGUGUUCAUGGAGCAGGUUCACCGUGGCAUCAAAGGCCUGGUGAGAGACGUACAUGGAAAGGGAAUUCCAAAGGCCAUCAUCUCUGUAGAAGGUGUCAACCACGACAUCCGAACAGCCAGCGACGGAGAUUACUGGCGCCUCCUGAACCCUGGGGAAUACGUGGUCACAGCCAAGGCAGAAGGUUUUACGACGUCCACCAAGAACUGCAUGGUUGGCUACGACAUGGGGGCCACGCGCUGCGACUUCACACUCAGCAAAACCAACCUCGCCAGGAUCAGAGAGAUCAUGGAGAAGUUUGGGAAGCAGCCAGUCAGCCUGUCCACGCGACGGCUGAAACUGCGGGCUCGGAAGAGACGGCAACGUGGGUGACCCCCAAGUCGGGCCCUUGAGAUUCAUCACAGACCCACGCAGAUGAAACUCACCCCAAUAAUAGCUCCAUAGAAGGCUCGCUCACUGUUGUUUUCUCUGUAAUUCAAGCAAUACCUGGGAUCCCGUGCCUUGCAAGGGCCAGGGAAGCUGGAGACUUGGGAUGUUUUCUUUUGGUUAUUCCCACUUACACUAAUACCUUUGACAGAGCAGCAGAGAAAGGUUGGUGGGAGUGAGAGAAUUCAGCAAAUGAACCUAGGAAUCUGAGAGAUUGUUUGGGCCUCCUGGCUAACGAUGGAAGGAAACCGAAGCAUACCCCACCCCACCCCCACCCCAGCCCCGUUUGCGUGACAGCAAGGGUUUCCCUGUGUGUCUGCAAUUGGCACAGCUGACUUUGUGUCACUCCCAGACUCCUGCUGUCCCCAGUGUCAUCAUUUGAGAUGCUCUCAGGCAUCUGAAGAGAAUCCAUCCACUCUGGCUCCAGGACAUUCCAAGCUGCUGACAGAAAGUCUGUGUUCUGACAAUAGAACCAUUACCAAGUGAGCAUCAGCGAGUCUCACGAAUCUGCUUAGCUUCCCUUUUCAACGAAGCAUGGUGUCCAUAAAAGGACAGAGAAGCGCAGUUAAUUCUAGAGUGAUUGUUGGACAGAAAGCACUGUGGGGCUCAUGGCGUGCGAGCUGGGUCCCCAGAGAAACCCCCAAAUUCGUUGCUGUUCGAGCAGCCCUCAUGGUUCUGUCAGUGGGGAGAACCGGAGGUGCCAGCCUUCGUAAAGGGCCAGAUAAAUUAACCUGGGUCAUUUUUGGUCUCGAAGACUUAAAAAGGUCCAGGACAUUGACCUGAAGGCCUCUCUGCCCAAGGUGUCAAGUCGUUCAUGAAAAUGUGCGCUCCUGAAUUGGCCUGUCCUCAGGCUAAGAAUUAUUUUUGAUAUAUAGAAUGCCUGAUCUUCCAAAUUAGGCUAAAUCUGCUGACCAACGCUGAGCAUUAUGUGUGGAGGGUCAGCUUGGCAGGCGUCAUUGAAUUGCUAUGUAAGGGAACUGCUGUGUCUCACUUUUAUUAUUGUUGCUGCCUCAUUGAUCUGGGAAGAAUGAAAACAAAAAUAAAGCAGAUGGUACGAUGCUUGCGUGUUUU